AUGUUGGCUCGAAAAUCUGUACCAUCUGGAGCCUCGAGGAAAGUUUUAAAUGAGAGGUUGAAAGCUAGCCAAAAAAGGGAAUCCCCGGCUAAAGAGUCUGAUUCCAGUUCUGACUCUGAAUCAUUUAUUUCUGCUAGUGAAGGUUCUUCUGAAGUUAAAAACGUAGAAAACAUGUUUGUUCUAAUUGGACCUGUUAAAGAUGUAUUGUUGGCUGAAUCGAGUAGGAGUGGAGCUAAUAGGCUGGUUCAUUUGAGCAAACAAAGAGAUGAACCUGGUUCAUCUGCUGAGGAAACUCUGGCUGGUCUUCUGAAAAAGGUUGGGGCAAGUUAUGACCCAAAGAAACGCAAAGCUACCUCACAAAAGUCCCAAAAUGUUCCCAAACCAACCAAGAAAAGAAAACCUUCAUCCCCAAAAUCUACUGCCCCUCCAGUGCCUAACGGAAGAGCUACAAGAAGCGGGGUUCGACAAAGUGAAGCUGACCUACAAAAAGCUCUGGAAGAAAGCAAGAAAAAGAAAAUGGAGAAGGGAAAGAGAAAGGUUGCAGAGUCCUCUGAGGCUACUGAAGAAGAGGAGAUGGAACUGGUUCAUCAAGAAAGAGGAACAACAGUAGAGGUUCCUACACCAAAACCUAAAAAAUCCAAGACUUCUACCAAGAAGUCUUCCUGUGAACCUGUGUCUGGUGAACCCUUAUUAGCCAAGAGGACAAGGAGAAAAAUUCUGAAAGGAAGACUGUUGAAAGACCUGGAAGAACCAGGGAUGAGAAGACUGGUGGAUGCUUUAGCUGCACAAGGUCCAAAAGUUGAGAUGAAAGGAUAUAGCUUCAGUGAAAGUGCGGUGGAGAGUUCAACCCGUGGAGGAGACUACUUGGGAGACCGAGCUAGACAUGGAAAGAAGAUAUCCCCACCUAUUUGA